AGCCAGUCUCGUUCAAUACCGUCGUCGGAGUAAGUAGCAAUCUACAUACAUACUUAGGUUGAAACCGGUGACCCACGACUGCCGAAUCUGCCUGUCAAGGAGCAUCCGGGAUUCCUCUAUAAAGAUGGACUGACACGAGCUGCCACCUCCGCCGACCCAAUGCACGCCUGUCUCCUGUCCAGCUCCGUCGUCCUCGUUUUGCUCCUCACGCCUAUCGCAGCGACCUUCCAGCCCUCUGGCGCUCCGUUCCGCGCCCCCGUGACUGUCGCACCGGGAUUCUCCGCGCAGGUCCUCUUCUCCAACCUCACCCUCCCGCGCGGCAUUGCCCUCGAUGGGGACGACAACAUCCUCGUCGUCGAGCGCGGGCUGGGCGUCUCCGUAAUCAGCCCUGCCGCGGGCGGGUGGGACCGCACGCUCGUCAUCGCCAACCCGAACUUCACGCAGGGCAUCCAGCUCGACGCGGACACCGGCACGCUGUACGUCAGCACCGCGGCCGCCGUGCUCGCGUACCAGUACGACCACGCCAGCAAGUCAGUUGGGAACUCAACCGCCCCGUGCGAUGUCAUUCUGGGUCUCCCAGCGGACGGAGAUCUCACCACGCACACGCUGCAGCUGGAGAAGACGCCCGGCGGCGCUGCUUCGCUCCUCGUCGCAAACGGACCGCUAAACAACAUCGACCCGACCGCUCGAGAUCCUGCAUCUGGCCGCUCGCAGAUCCGGCGGUUCGCGCUGUCAGCCAACCCGUGUCGCGGCUCCCGGCCCCCGAAACAAUGGACGGACGGACGUGUCGUGGCUUACGGGAUCCGCAACCCCGCCGGAUUCGCGGUGCAUCCGGCUCAUCCCCGCAAGCUUUACGUCGUCGAGAACGGCGCCAGCAUCGACAACGUCACAGGACUGACUCCAGCGUUCGUGAACGACAACCCAGCCGACGAAAUCAACGCCGUCCACCUCGGCCGCCCGGCCGUGUCGUACGGCUUUCCGGACUGUACCACGCUCUGGAACCCUACCGCCGAUCCCGCGGGAGAUCCGCAAUACACGGCGCUCGCGAGGGGCGCGCAGAUCAGCCUCAUGCUUACACCCGAGAGGAACCACAGUUGGUGUGCAUCGACGCAGAAUAACGUGCCCCCCGUGCUCAGUCUGCAGGCGCAUUCCGUUCCGCUGGAUAUCAAGUUCUACGCCCCGCCCGCAAACUCGACCGCCGCGUCCUUCCCGGCCAGCUUCGCGGGCGACGCGGUCGUCUCCUUCCACGGCUCGUUCAACCGCAAUCCGCCGACGGGAUACGGCGUCGUCCACGCGCCCUUUCCGUUCCGCGGCGACGCGUACGAGUUCCUCGUGCAGGCGAGUAACCUCACGUCCUGCUCCGGGCAUUGCAUCCGGCCCGUGGGGCUCGCGUUCUCCUCUACGGGCGUGCUGUAUGUCAGCAGCGACACCAGCGGCGAGGUGCGCAUCAACUUCCAAGCAUUCAGCGUCUGUGUUCUCAGAAUCUGCCAGCUGUUCUCGAUUCAGAGAAGUUGA